UUUCUGUUGCCAAGAUGUCAGGCCACGAUCAGCUGGUCCUCUGUCUGUGUGAAUUAACGAGGUUGCUGUGGAAGCUGCUCCUGCCGCUGGUGUUCCUCUGCCUGCUGCUGAUUGCUGUCCUGGUGCUGCUGGUGCUGGCAGUGCGUUUGUGGCUGCAGAGCAACAGGAAUGCUCGGCGGGCCAGAGACGGCCGUCCCACUGUGGCCUUCUUUCACCCCUACUGCAAUGCCGGUGGCGGGGGAGAGAGGGUGCUCUGGUGUGCCAUCAGGGCGCUACAGAGCAGGUAUGCAGACAUCAACUUUGUGGUGUACACGGGGGACCUGGGUGUGACCGGCCCGCAGAUUCUGGAGGGAGCACGGCGUCGUUUCAACAUUGUGCUUCCCCGUCCGGUUCAGUUUGUGUUCCUGAGGCACCGGCUGCUUGUGGAGCCCGGCCUGUUUCCUCACUUCACCCUGCUGGGACAGAGUGUGGGGUCCAUCUUCCUGGGAUGGGAGGCGCUGACAGAGUUUGUCCCAGACCUUUACAUCGACUCCAUGGGUUACGCCUUCACUCUGCCCCUGUUUCGCUACCUGGGAGGCUGCAGCGUGGGGAGCUAUGUUCACUAUCCCACCAUCAGCACUGACAUGCUGUCUGUGGUGAGAGAGAGGAACCCCAGGUUCAACAACCCAGACUACGUCACAAACAGUCUGUUCCUGAGUGCCUUCAAGGUGGUCUACUAUUGCCUUUUCGCUCUGCUCUAUGGCAUGGCUGGCUCCUGCAGCGACCUCAUCAUGGUCAACUCCUCCUGGACCCUCGAUCACAUCCUGUCCCUGUGGCGCUCUCCAAACCGCACCAGCGUGGUGUACCCGCCCUGCGACGUCAGCGCCUUCUUGGACAUCCCACUGGAAGAGGACGGGGACAAAAAGUCCCACUCGAUCAUUUCCAUCGGACAGUUCAGGCCGGAGAAGGACCACCGGCUGCAGAUUCGAGCCUUCAAGAAGGUGUUGGACAGGAGGAGGGACGCAAUAGGGGGUAGAGGGGCGCUGAAGCUGGUUCUGAUCGGUGGAUGCAGGAACCAGGAAGACGAGGACAGGGUGCUCAUGUUGAGGGGGCUGUGCCAGGAGCUGGGUGUGGCUGACAGGGUGGAGUUUAAGCUGAAUGUACCUUUCGAGGAGCUGAAGAGGGAGAUGGGGGAAGCUACCAUUGGACUGCAUACCAUGUGGAACGAACACUUUGGAAUAGGCGUAGUGGAGUGUAUGGCAGCAGGGAAGGUAAUUGUCGCCCACAAAUCCGGCGGUCCCAAGCUGGACAUCGUAGUGCCUUUUGAGGGGGGCCAAACUGGCUUCCUGGCUUAUGACGAAGACAGCUACGCAGAGGCGAUAGAGAGGAUCCUGACUCUACCGCCCGCCAGCCGGCUGCAGAUUAGACGCAACGCCCGUCAGUCUGUGGCUCGCUUCUCAGAUCAGGAGUUUGAAGCCUGCUUCCUGGCAGCUAUGGAGCCUCUGAUGGGAACACUUGAACGAUGAGAGACUCUUUAAAUGUGUUUGUGAAUGUAUUGUGAACGUGAUCGCUGACACUUUGCUUUGAUGCAUUUACAGCUGCAUUUACACUACAGGGCUGGUGACAAAAUGUGAUUAGAUAUCACUCACAUGCUCACACAAAGUGGCCAUCACAUGUGGAGAUUGAAGCUGUUGGCUCACGUACCAGGAUUUGUCCUAAAAGGAGGCAGAACUAGAAUAAUUAAUGGGGAAAAAAUAAACAAUCACGACAAACAACUAACUUAUGUUUCAGGCUGAGAAAAUGUAAACAUUCCCCCAAAAUGUGUUGGUCCAGUUUUUUUUUAAGUUGAAAGCAAAUCGGAUCAGAAAAAUGUUCUUUUCCUGAAGUGCUGGGAGUAAAUGCAGCUACAGUUCUGUGUUUAGAGUUGGAGUUGUAUUUUUGUAGAACACAUUCCUCUGUCAGUAGUGCUAGUUUUGUUAAAACGAUGUGUAUCAUAGAGGGAACAAAUUAUCCUUAAUUAACUACUGUGUGGAAAACUGCUGUAAAUAUGGGACUAAAAGAUAAUAAACAUAUUUAUUGUUUACAAAACUAGAAUUGUCUACAUGCCGAAAAUGUGAAGUAUUUUUGAUAUGUAAUUACGAUACAGUCUGUUUAAGGGAUUUUUUUGGAUUCAUGUAACGGUUAAAAAACAACCAAUCUGUUUGUGAACUUGUAAAUAAACUGUGAUGCACUGGAUUAAAGAGUUGGGGAUGAGAAUUAUUCUCUGAAA